AGGAAGACCGCUCGCCGGGCGCGGACUGCACAGGGAGGAGGGGGAAACGGCUCUGCCGGGAACAGGGAGGGACCUCCAGGGAAGCGAAACCGAAACUUUGCGUCCAGUCGGCCGGGCGGGCGGCGCCUUUAUCUCAGUCGGGGCCCAGCUGCGUCCCGGAGUCCCCGCGCCCUCCCGACGCGCAGAGCCAUGGCCUUCAGCCCGCGACCGCCGUCCCCGCUCCUCGUGCGGGUGUCCCGGUCCGGCCCCCGGAUACGGAGGAAGCUGGAGAGCUACUUCCAGAGCCAGCGGCACUCCGGCGGCGGGGAGUGCCACGUUCGGCCCCAGGAAGGCGCCGCCCCAGGCACCUUCCAGGUGAAGUUCAGUGAAAGGGCAGCUAAGGAGAGAGUGUUGAAAAAAGGAGAGCACCAAAUGCUUGUUGAUGACGAACCUAUGCCCAUUUUGCUGGUACCCACUGAAAACUCAAUAAAGAAGAAUACAAGACCCCAAAUUUCUUCACUGCCACAGUCACAAGCAGAAACACUGUCUGGUGAUACACAUCAAAAUGAAGGACAGACUCCUAAUGCUGUGGAUUCCUGUCUCCAAAAGAUUUUUCUUACUGUAACAGCUGACCUGAACUGUAACCUGUUCUCCAAAGAGCAGAGGGCAUACAUAACCACACUGUGCCCUAAUGUCAAAAAAAUGGAAGGUCCUAAUGGAAUUGAGAAGGUGUAUGGUGACUUCCAAGACAUUGAAAAAAUACAUCAGUUUUUGAGUGAGCAGUUCCUGGAAAGUGAGCGGAAAAAGGAAUUUUCCCCUUCAGUGACAGAGAGGAAGCCACUCAGUCAGCAGGACAGGGGCAGCUGCAUUUCUCCUUCUGAACCAAAAAACAAGGCAGAAGAAAAAAGCAACUGUUUUGAAGUUCCCUUGCCUUACUUUGAAUACUUCGAAUUUAUCUGUCCCGAUAAAAUCAACUCAAUAAAGAUAAAAUUUGAUGUAAACAUUAAAAUCCAGGAGAGUUCUCCAAAUAUGGUCUGUUUGGAUUUCACCGCAGAUCAAUCAGAUGACCUAGAAGCAGCUCGUGAGUCUUUUGCUAGUGAAUUUCAGAAGAAUACAGAACCUCUGAAGCAAGAAUGUGUCUCUUUAGCAGACAGUAAGCAGGCAAAUCAAAUCAAACAGAAAUUGAAUCACCUGUUUACAAAGCUCCUUAUAAAGGAGAAAGGAAGAGAAUUAACUCUCCUUGGGACCCAAGAUGACAUUUCAGCUGCCAAACAAAAAAUCUCGGAAGCUCUUGACAAGGCACCUGUGAGACUAUUGACUGCCAGUUGGAUGACGAACGGAAUUGAAGUUGAUAGUGCUCGCUAUAAGCUUUUAAAAGCUGAAUUACUACGGGAGAUAUCAGAGAUCGAAAAAAGGUAUGACACUUGCAUCAAGGUUUUUGAGAAAGGUCAGAAAACCUGCAUUCUGUUUGAAUCCAAGGACAAGCAGGUAGAUCUAUCUGUGCAUGCUUAUGCAAGCUUCAUCGAUGCCUUUCAACAUGCCUCAUGUCAGCUAAUGAGAGAAGUUCUUUUACUGAAAUCUUUGGGCAAGGAGAGAAAGGACUUACAUCAGAUCAAGUUUGCUGAUGACUUUAGAAAAAGACAUCCAAAUGUACACUUUGUGCUAAAUAAGGAGUCAAUGACUUUGAUUGGUUUGCCAAAUCACCUUGCAGAGGUGAAGCAGUGUAUUCUAAAAGGAGGAGGAACGGCUUCAUUGGCUGGAGAGAAAUUGAAUGAGGCUCGUGAAACACCGAUGGACAUUGAUAGUGAUGAUUCCAAAGCAGCUUCUCUGCCACUCAAGGGCUCUGUGAGUUCUGAAGCCUUAGAAGACAAGAAGGAAAAGGGCUUCUGUGUCAUCUGUCUGGACACCAUCAGUAACAAAAAAGUGCUACCAAAGUGCAAGCAUGAAUUCUGCACUCCUUGUAUCAACAAAGCCAUGGAAUAUAAGCCAAUCUGUCCCUCAUGUCAGACUUCCUAUGGUGUUCAGAAAGGAAAUCAGCCAGAUGGAAGCAUGAAUGUCCGAGUUUUAAGAGAGUCACUUCCAGGUUAUGAUUCCUGCGGCACCAUUGAGAUUAAUUACAACAUGAGAGGAGGCACACAAACAAAGGAGCACCCAAACCCAGGAAAGAGCUACUCUGGAGUACAUCGAACUGCAUACUUGCCUGAUAAUAAGGAAGGAAGGAAGGUUUUGGAACUGCUUCGUAGGGCCUUUGAGCAAAAGCUGAUUUUUACAGUGGGGAACUCUCGAGUAUUAGGAAUCUCAGAUGUCAUCACUUGGAAUGAUAUUCACCACAAAACAUCCAAACUUGGAGGCCCAGAAAGUUAUGGCUAUCCUGAUCCUUCUUACCUGAAACGCGUCCAAGACGAGCUGAAAGCCAAAGGAAUUGAGUAAGAAAACUGGUGGAAGAUGUCUUAAAUCAGCCUCCUAAAAUAUAUAUAUAUAUUUUAGGAGGCUGAUUUAAUGCCAAUCUAAAUCCUUACGCAGAAAAAACUUUGAAAUUUUUCAUUUCAAGAAAUGGUUCAUAUAAGAAUAAGAAUCUGCUAGUUUGUCA